CUUUACAAAGUAACCUCUUAAAGGGCCACAUUGUGUUGCCCCCUCCGGGGGCUUUCUCGCACCCUGAUCCCUCCUUCAGGGCUUCGGAAAGCUGUUCUGCCCUUUAUCAAGACAGGAGCGUUGAGGAGACUGAGGAGGAAGGAAUGAUUUCUGGGUUCCUGCCCUCCAGCUUUCAGGAAUCAGUGACAUUCAAGGAUGUGGCUGUGGACUUCACCCAGGAGGAGUGGAGAAGGCUGGGCCCUGCUCAGAGGGCCCUUUAUAGGGAGGUGAUGCUGGAGAACUAUGAGAACCUGGUCUCUCUGGGGCUUCCAGUUUCCAAACCAGAUGUUAUCUCCCAGUUGGAGAGAGGUCGGGUGCCCUGGAUGCCAGAGGGCGAAGUCUUAAGAGGCGUUUGUCCAGAUUCCCUUAGUCGUUAUGCCAAGCGUGAAAUCCAGGGCUCACCUCCAACACAUGGCAGCCUUCCCAUGGGAGCUCCAUUACAGCAAAGCCCACCAAAGGAUGGUCCUUUGUAUUCCAAAAUAGGAAAAGCUGGGGAGUGGAAUGUCAGGUUACAGAGACAGAAGACUAAACAGGAGAAACAAUUCAGACAAGUAACAGUCACUCACAGAAGAGCUUUGAAUAAGGGGAGUGUCCCCGAAUGCAAUACAUUCGGAAGAAGCUUUAGUCUGGGGUCAAUCUUUGUUUUACAGCCAAAAGUUCCUCCAGGAAGAAGCCUCCAUAAAUAUGAUACACCGGGAAAGAACAUCAAAUCCUUUUCAGACCUAAUUAAGCGUAGUAGGAUCUCCCCAGGGAGUAAGCUUUACAAAUAUAAUAGAUGCAGGAAGCCCUUCAGUUACCACUCAGACCUCAUUCAGUUCCGUAGACUCCAUCCUGGAGAAAAGCUGUAUGAAUGUAAUGAAUGUGGCAAAACCUUCGGCAGAAGGUCGUAUCUUACUCAGCACCAGAGCGUUCACACUGGAGAGAAGCCCCACAAGUGUAAUGCAUGUGGGAAAGCCUUUAGUCGGUGGGGAAGCCUGACAGAACACCAGAGAAUUCAUACCGGAGAGAAGCCCUAUCAAUGUAACGAGUGUGGAAAAGCCUUCAGCCAGAGGGGGCAUCUGAUUAAACAUCAGAGGAUUCACACGGGGGAGAAACCUUUUCAAUGUAACGAAUGUGGCAAAGCCUUCACCCAGAGAGGGCAUCUUAUUGACCAUCAGAGAACUCACACCGGAGAGAAGCCCUAUCGGUGUAAUGAAUGUGGGAAAGCCUUCAGUACAUGUUCUUCCUUUAUUAAGCAUAAGAGAAUCCACAUUGUAGAGAUACCCCUUACUCAAUGUGAGAAGGCCCUCAAUCAGUGGGAACAUCAAAGGAUUCAUACGGGGUCAAAGCCCUUUGAGUGUGAUGACUGUGGGAAAACAUUUAGCCAGAGGGGAAACCUUAAUAAACACAGGAGAAUUCACACUGGAGAGAAACCCUUUGCAUGCAAUGAAUGUGGGAGAGCCUUCAGCCAGAGUGGUCACCUUACUGAACAUAAGCGAAUUCACACUGGCGAAAAGCCCUAUCAGUGCAACGAAUGUGGGAAAGCCUUUCGGCAAAACUCAAACCUUACUCUGCAUCAGAGAAUUCAUACUGGAGAGAAACCUUUUAAAUGUAAUGAAUGUGGGAAAACCUUUAGCCACAGGACUUCUCUUAUUUAUCAUCAGAGAAUCCAUUCUGGAGAGAAGCCCUAUGAAUGUAAUGAAUGUGGGAAAGCUUUCAACCAGAGAGGAAAACUUACUGAACAUCAGAGAAUUCAUACUGGAGAGAAACCUUUUGAAUGUAAGGAAUGUGGGAAAGCCUUCAGCCACAGGGGGAACUUUACUGAACACAAAAGAAUUCAUACUGGAGAGAAACCGUUUGUGUGUAAUGAAUGUGGAAAAGCCUUCAGUCACUGGUCAUCCUCGAUCUAUCAUCAGAGAAUUCAUAAUGGAGAGAAGCAAUAUAAAAGCAACAGACGUGGAAAAGCCUUCAGUCAGAGGGGCCAUCCUCUUCCACAGCAGAGAAUUCAUCCUGAGGAGAAGCCCCCCAAAUUGAAUGAGUGUGGGAAAGCUUCCAGUACCAGCUGAACCCUCUGGAAGUGUCAGGCCAUUCAGGCCAAGUUGUAAUGACCAUGGGGAUCCACUUGGGCCAGGUUCAUGUCACCAUAGAGACUUCAGGCAUCUUCAAGGGGAAAGGUUUACAUGGGGAAAGUUUCCUAAAGACUUGUCAUUUGUCACAUAAUAGAGAGUCAAAACUGCAACAUUUGGUGCAUCUUGUUUGGUGCUUUGAGAGGUAAUGACUGUUCUUGCUAUGAUGUCCCUCUUUGCUGUCAUUGUGGGGAGGCACAUUGCCGAAGUGAGGUCAGCACGGGAGGCUGAUGCAGGAUCUGAACCAGCCCCUAGCCUAUGAGAUUACAACAAAUCACUUGGGGUACCUUUUUCUUCUAAACUCUAUACUAGUAAACAAAACCUACAUGACUAUGACAAAAAUAAAAAGAAGUACUCUUAGGUUAAAUCAUAAAUUCCAUUUUUUAAAGUCUGUUAAGCAUUUAACAAUUUCUAUUAACUAUGACAAGAUGGCAACACAAACAUCCCAUUGGCUUCCUGGUUCCUUCAGAAUGCUUUUUCCUCUGGUGAUUUUUCAGAGUUAGGUUGUUGCUGUUACUUAGGUCUUUUUAGCCAAUGCCUGUACUGUUCUUUUCAUUUUUCUUGAUUUUAUUGAGUCUGUAUCAUUUCAUAAAA